AUGGAGGCAUGGGACUUGCCUGCACCAAAGCGGUGUAAAAUCUCCCAGGAUCUUGACGACGACCUUCCCCUUCCUCCCCCCUUCUCGAACUAUGUCACUAUCGCAAAGGCAAGUCUCGCAGUUCGAAGCGUCGAUGACGCAAACUGGGAGACAGAUACCGACGCCCUCAAAAUCACCAUUCAGGGCCUGAAAGAGGCAGAGGAAGGGUAUGUGGUCGAGUUCUCCGUUGGGCGAGGCAGGACUCUGAAACAUGUCCACAUACAUGAACAAGACGGAAGCACGAUGCAACUCCUGCUGGACAUCCAGCACUUGGAAUCGGUGGCCAAAUACAGACCGCCAGCAACGCUACCUCUUGCUUGUGUUUAUGCGGUGAUUCAGCUGACCGCAGGCGAGCCCAACAUGGAGAUUCGGAUCCUCUGGGAGGACACUGCGGCCGUCCGGGACCGAGUAGAUCCCGUUCUACUCGAAAUUUUGGCGCGUCACUUGCCUCCAUCUACCCAGAUCUCUCCGAAGUUCGAGCCUUGGGAUCCGCGCCAAUUCUAUGAUAAUGUCCACGUCCCUGAAAAGUCGGAAGAGAAUUCCGCAGAGAUUCGAAUUCCUCAUCUGGAAUCUCAACUCUUUCCUUUCCAGAGACGCGCCGUCCGAUGGCUUUUGGCGAGAGAGGGUGUCACUCUCCAAUCGAGCGGAGAAGUUACACCCCUGCCGAAGCAAGUCGAUGCCUUCCUUCCACCCGGGUUCGAGACGGUUAGAGGGGUUAGAAACAUGAUGUUCUUUGUCAACCAUACGUUGGGGAUUGUCACCACAGACAUGGCCAAACUGGUGAAAACUUUCGCUCCCAUUAACGGUGGAAUCCUUGCGGACGAAAUGGGUCUCGGGAAGACUUUGGAAGUGAUAUCGCUUAUCUGCCUCCAUCCAAAACCGACACAAACGCCAACCUCUCUCGAUCUGAAACAGUCACCGGCCACCUUGAUCAUCACGCCCCCAAGCAUACUUGAGCAAUGGAAAGAAGAGAUCCGACAGCACACGCCGGCGUUGCGAGUGUAUCAUUACCAAGGGGUAAGCAGCUACCGACGCAUCGGCGAAAAACUCAUCCAAGAGCUGCUGGAUCAGGACGUGGUUCUGACAACCUACAAUGUCGUGGCACAAGAGAUACACUACGUGGCCGAGAAGCCGGACCGAAAUCUGCGAAAUCGUCCGCGCGCUGAACCCCCGAAGAGCCCUUUGACUCAGGUUUCUUGGUGGCGCGUCUGCCUAGACGAAGCACAGAUGGUUGAAAGCGGAGUAUCUUCUGCAGCGACGGUUGCAAGGCUGAUUCCUCGCAACAAUGCUUGGGCAGUCACAGGAACACCCCUCAGAAAAGGGCACAGAGAUUUGUUUGGAUUGUUGCUCUUCCUUCGCUAUGAGCCAUGGUGUCGGUCGCCUCGUCUAUGGGAUUAUCUUAUCAGCUAUCAUCGACCUCAGUGUAGAGAAAUGUUGGGAAAGAUUGCCAUGAGACAUACCAAGGACUUUGUUCGCGAAGAUUUACGGCUGCCACCUCAAAGUCGACAUACUAUCACCAUCCCUUUUACCCCUAUCGAGGAACAGCACUAUGCUCAACUCUUCCAAGAAUUGUGUGAAGACUGCGAUCUGGAUCGGACAGGCGCACCGUUGAACGAUGAUUGGGAUCCAGAUUCUCCGGCAAUGGUGGAGAAAAUGCGGACGUGGUUGACCCGAUUACGUCAAACGUGUCUACAUCCUGAAGUUGGUGGUCGCAAUCGCCGGGCACUCGGUCGCAGUAACAAUGGACCUUUGCGGACAGUCGAACAAGUUCUGGACGUGAUGAUUGAUCAGCAUGAAGGCCAAGUCCGAACCGCACAGCGGGGCCGAUUGAUGGCAGAGAUAAGAAGAGGUCAAUUAAAAGAAAAUGCCUUGCUCUUCGAAGAGGCGUUGAAGAUCUGGAGAGGUACAUAUGCUGAAUCAUCCGUCAUUGUUGGAGAAUGCCGAAAACAACUGGAAGAAGAACAGUCAUCCUUUAAUCUCAUCAAGGAGAAGGAGAAUGAAGAUGAGAUGAAUCCCCGAUUAAUAACGUUGAGGGCGCGUUUGCGAUCGGCAUUGGAGAUCCAACACAUCGCCAUCUUCUUCAUCGCGAAUGCGUACUUUCAGCUGAAAUCUCGGGAGGAACCUGAAAGUGAGAAAUACCUCGACCUGGAGAAAGAAGAAACCAAGGCAUAUGAAGAAGCCAAGUCUAUCCGCGGUGAAUUACUUGCGGAGGUUCUUCGGCAUGUGAACAAAUUGAUCGCCACCGUCAGAACCAAUGUCGCCAAUGGACUGGCUCCUAUUCCUGAAAUGCAAGGACCCGCCGGAUACACCGGGAUUGAAAGCAGAAAGAUCUUCGACAAGAUCCACGAUUAUUGUGAGGUGAUGAAUAUUCAGGCCGAGCAAUUUCGUGAAUUGCGACAAAAAAUGGCAGACUUCUUGAGCCAAGCUCUCAUCGAUGAAGACGAAGGGGUGGAGUUGCAAGGCGACGAAUACGAGAGUUCGACCAAACAUCAAGAUGAAAUGUAUGUCUACAUGGAAGCACUCAGAGCAUUAUUUGCCGAUCGCAGUGAGGCGAUCACCGGACAAGAAAAUAUGCUCAUCAAACAAGAAAUGAAACAAUUUCUUCGCAUUGCAAAGGAAGGUGAAGGCCCCGCACCCGAACUGAUGUUGAAACUCCUUGCCGAGCGCGAACAGAAACGAGUCAAGGUCAAUGAUUUUGGGUGUUUACGUGGCAUCACGGCCGAAAUCAGACAAAUCGUCACUUCCUUACAGUGGCAAGAAGGGAAUGGACAAACACGAGCGACGCACGAGCUGGCAAUACUGGAGCGAAUCCUCAAGCAUAUUCAACAGCUAAAUGUGGCGCAGACCAAGGCUCUCAAUAGCAUUGAGCAAGAAGUUAAUCAAUUUCGCGAUACUAUGAACAGUCGCCUGGACUAUUACCGUGCUCUUCAGAAGAUUUCAGACACUGUUGCCCCUUAUCAAGAGGAGAAUGUUGGCAAGCCACUCUCCGAGAGACACUGUCGCGAGUUCGAAGAUGAGGAGGCCAAAUUGCAGCGAAGGAUUGUCUCACUGACCGCCAAACUACGCUACCUCGUCCACAUGAAGACAGAGUCUCAGUCGACAGCGCCGAGAAUCUGUACCAUUUGCACGGACAACUUUGAAGUAGGGACAAUGACUUCCUGCGGCCAUCAAUUCUGCAAAGACUGUGUCCUCACCUGGUGGAAUCAACACCGUAAUUGCCCCGUCUGCAAAACCACAUUACACCCCAACAGUUUCCACGACAUUUCCUACAAGCCCGCCGAAAUUGCCCUGCAGGCCGAAGAAUCCCCAUCCAACUCUUCUGGCCUGUCCUCUUCUUCCUCAUCCUCGUCCUCAGGGUCCUCCGAUCGGCCCCACAACCAAUCCAUCUACUCGGACAUCAGCACUACGAUGCUCAACCAGAUCAAAAACAUCGACUUCCGAGGGCCCAGCUUCGGCAGCAAAAUUGACUUCCUCUGCCGCCAUCUCCUAUGGCUUCGCGAACACGACCCGGGCUCCAAAACCAUUAUUUUCUCCCAGUACCGCGAAUUCAUCGACGUGCUCGCCCGCGCGUUUGCCGAGUACAAGAUCUCUUCGACGCGCAUUGACGUAAAGAACGGCAUCGAGAAGUUCAAAUCAGACCCGGCUAUCGAGUGUUUCCUUCUGCAUGCUAAGGCGCAUUCGACAGGCCUCAACCUGGUGGUGGCAAGCCAUGUGUUUCUUUGCGAACCGCUGAUUAAUACGGCCAUUGAACUGCAGGCUAUUGCGCGAGUUCAUCGCAUAGGCCAGUAUCGUCCGACCACUGUGUGGAUGUACCUGAUCGCAGAUACGGUGGAGGAAUCGAUUUACGACAUCAGCGUUGCAAGACGGUUGGCGCAUCUGAAGAACAAUCCGCAAGCGCAAAUCCAAUCUCAUGCAAAUGGAUCGGGAGUUGGCCCGUCUCGGUCUGGAUCCGGUGCCGCGACGCCACGCAGUUCGAAUCUCGAAUUACAGGAAAACGCAAUCGAUGCUGCGAACUCAAUGGAACUCCAAGCCGCGGAUCUCUCCCGCCUGCUCGCGUCCGGCAAGACUGGUGGCGAAAUGGUAGACAAGGAGGACCUGUGGGCUUGUCUGUUCGGUCGAGUCAAGAGGCGCGAGGAAGUCAUGGGCUCCCUUCUAGAUGUGCAGUCGGCAAAUUCGGAGGUGGGAAGGCUCCUAAGGCUUGGGGCCGCCCAGCGAAGAAUUGGGGAUGAUAUUAGUGUUUUGUGA